AUGACUCUAGAAGACUUUGAGAAGACAUUGGCAGAGGGGAAAGAGCAGCGACACGAAAAAAGCGAAGGGCGACACCAUCGAGACCGAAAUCGCGAUCGCGACCGCAGCAAAGACCGCUCGAAACAACACCGCCAUCGUUCCAGCAACCAUCACCGGCGGCAUUCCUCCAGAUCUCGCGAUCGGGCCAGCGAGCGAGUUCGUGAGUCCCGGCAUCGCGACGACGAUGGCCACCGGCACAAGCGUUCACGUCGUUCCGACGACCAAGGAGACGAGCAUGGUCAUAAACGUCAUCACCGGAGCUCCAAAGACGAGGGGGAUCCGCUGCUCCCCAAGUAG